AUGGAUUAUAAAGUGUUUGGAAACUAUCGAGGACUGCAGAAAACUAACAAUGUUGAAUGUAAACAAGUGAUAGAUAUAAACAAGUAUUCCAACUUCCUCCAGAAUGAAUUCUUCUGCUCCAUCUGCAUGAGUGAAAAUGCAGCAGCUCCUCUGAGCUCUUCAGUGCUCAUUUACUUCACAUUUCUGCCCCUCUCCAUCAGUGGAUCCAAUAUCUUCAAUAUUAGCUUCUUUAAUGCCCACCUUCAUGGUUUUUUUUUGCAGCAAAAGCUCCUCAAACAAAUGAGGGCAGUAUGGGAAAAGACACAAGAAAAUCAGAGAAAUCUUAACAGAGAAACCAACAAAAUCAGAACUUGGGAGCAUUUCACAGACCUGAUGAAAAGGAGUGAGUUGGUGCAGCUGCACGUGCCCCAACCACUGAACCCAGAGAUCAGUUCGUGGCCCAUCACUGGAUUGAUAAACAGGCUCACUCGUUUCCAAGUGUAUAUUUCGUUGGACCACGAAAUAGUCACUUGCGAUGUUCCCGUGUUUGAAGAUCUGAGACGUGUGCUCUUUAGCGGUGAUCAUCUCGAUGUGGACCACAAUUCAACAAGAUCUAAGAGUUUUCUUGCCUGGGGAGCCCAGACCUUUAUAUCCGGCAAAUAUUACUGGGAGGUGGAUGUGGGGCACUGUUGGAACUGGGUUAUUGGACUUUGUAAUGAUUCUUGGACAAUGAGCAACGACAUGCUGGUUAGCUCCGAGGGAAUUUUUCUACUUUUUUGUGUCAAAGAGAACAAUCAGUACAGUCUCUUUACCUCAUCCCCACUCUUACCUCAGUAUGUAGAAAGACCUCUAGGACACGCAGGGGUGUUUCUGGAUUAUGAACUCGGUGUAGUGAGCUUUGUUAAUGUGAAUAACGGUACCCUCAUUUGUAGUUUGCUUUCAUGUUCCUUCUCUUCCCCUCUCAGGCCUUUCCUUUGCUGUGGACCCCAAGGAUCAGGGACAGUUCAGAAACUUGUCCAUGUCUGAGAAUGCUAAUACCUGAGACCCUUUCCUAGUGCCAACUUGCUUAUCUUUAACCUCAUUUACAUUUAUUAUUAGACUACUGGUUGUAUUAUUCUUAAAAGUGUGAUAAUGUUAAGUGCAUGAAUUUGAUUUGAUUUUCUUUAAAUAAAAACAACUCUCCUGAAAUACUGUGCAAUCUUUAUGCUGUGUCUAUCAUUUGAUUUCUAAGCCAGCUGAACAU